CUCUAAACGCAAUAAUGCUAAGCAGCGCCAGCGAUAGAUCGCUUGCAUAGUAGCACAGACCUCGUUACCAGGGAACCGGAACAGUGUUGGCAUCAUGAGUCGUCCCGAACAUCUGGCGCCGCCAGAGCUGUUUUAUGGCGACACCGAAGCGGCCAAGUACACUGCAAACACUCGAAUCCAAAAGAUUCAGUCAGAAAUGACUGAGCGAGCGCUUCAGCUCCUGUGUCUCCCCGAAUGGAAGAAGCCUGCACUCCUUCUCGAUAUUGGCUGCGGCUCGGGCUUGUCAGGCGAAAUCUUAACUGAAGAAGGACAUGAGUGGGUCGGGCUGGAUAUUAGCCCCUCCAUGCUGGAAGUAGCACUGGAAAGAGAUUGCGAAGGGGACCUAUUGCUCGCAGACGCUGGACAAGGGUGUGGCUUUCGCGCGGGAUCUUUUGAUGGUGCUAUCAGCAUCUCUGUCUUACAAUGGCUUUGCAAUGCCGACACUACUGCUCAUUCACCAGCCGCUCGCCUGUCCACAUUUUUCACCUCCCUCUACGCAUGCCUUUCGCGCGGCUCUCGUGCUGUCUUUCAAUUCUACCCCGAAUCAGACGAGCAAGCGAGAUUCAUUAUGUCCUUUGCCACACGUGCUGGCUUUGGCGGUGGUCUCGUUGUCGAUUUCCCAAACAGCAAAAAGGCGAAGAAGUUCUACCUUGUGCUUUGGGUCGGCGGAGAGAUGGUCGGUCGGAAUGGAGAAAGGCAGGCGCAAGAGCUACCGCAAGGUCUCGUGGCUGAGCAUGAAGCGCAAGCGGCCGCAGCAGAGCAAGGCGUUGGUAUUGGAAGCGUCAAAUAUGAGGGCAAGAGAGACACAAUCAAGAUGAGCAAGAAGGCAAAGGCAAAAGCCAAAGCCAAUCUCAAAGGUCGAGAAUGGAUCAUGCACAAGAAAGAGCUCAACAAGCGACGAGGGAAAGAGGUGCCGCAAGAUUCCAAGUACACUGGUCGCAAGCGCAAGACUGCGUUCUAGUCAUUUGCCCUUGGACACCAUCUCUGCACGUGUAAUAAUGUUAUACUACCAGCACACUGUAUAUUACAAUUGACGAUUGGCUACAACGGCAUGGCGACGG